AACGCUUCCACCUCUCAUUUCAUUCUCUUCUUCCCUUGUUCUCAGUCUUUCCCUGUUCUCCCACCCACACGAUGCAGGGCCUACACCGCUGCUCAAACGACGUCGUCCAACUAGACCUCUCCACCACCAACUCCUCCUCCACCUCCUCCUCCUCUUCCUCCCUCUCCAUCGACGUGGACGAGUCCACCGAGGCCCGCAUCACGCGCCUCAUAUCGGAGCACCCCGUCAUCAUCUUCACGCGCUCCUCCUGCUGCAUGUGCCACGUCAUGAAGAAGCUCCUCGCCACCAUCGGCGUCAACCCCACCGUCAUCGAAUUGGACGACCAUGAGAUCGCCGCCCUCCCUCACCCCUCCCCCACUCCCGCCGUCUUCAUCGGCGGCGCCUCCAUCGGCGGCCUUGAGUCCCUCGUCGCCCUCCACGUCAGCGGCCACCUCGUCCCCAAGCUCGUCCAAGUCGGGGCUCUCUGGGUAUAAUAUCAUUAAUAAUUAUAAUUACUCUCUAAUUAUCACUUAGAUAUAUCCAAUUAUUAUCACUAUUAUUAUUUACUUUCAGAAAACAAAAAAAAAAGAAGAAAAAACUUAUUAAUGGUAUAAUUUUAGGUCAUCUCCUCUCUAUGUCAAAUCAAUGAAAUCUCAAUUUUAAUUUUAAUUUCAAUUUCAAUUUUAAUUUCAUUUUCA